AUCAGUCAUCUGACCGGAAGUGCAUUUCAGCCGUGAUUUCCUUGUUUGUUAUUGACGCGAUGAUUAGAUUUAUGUGUUUACGUCCUUAACAACAAUUAAUUAAUUUACUAAUAAACGCGGUGCGGUCGUUUUAAGUAAUACAUUAGUUCAUAAUCUUUUUAAGCAUGGCGGCAAUCAACGAAAGUUCCCUGCGGAAAAUGCUGUCGAAGAUUUAUAAAUACAGGGAUCUGACCGCACGCGACAUAACAAACGCCACGUCUCACUAUAAAGACAUUAAACCUGUGAUGGACAACUACGUGUUCAAUGAUGGCUCCACCAAAGAGCUGCUGAGUCUCACAGGAACAGUGCCAGUAAGCUACCGAGGAAAUGUGUACAACAUUCCUAUCUGCCUGUGGCUUCUGGACACGUAUCCCUACAAUCCUCCCAUCUGUUUUGUCAAACCUACAAGUGCUAUGAUGAUAAAAACAGGGAAACAUGUUGAUGCCAAUGGAAAGAUUUACCUCCCAUACCUGCAUGAAUGGAAACCUCCCCAGUCUGAAUUGUUAGGACUGAUCCAGGUGAUGAUUGUGGUGUUUGGUGAGGAACCACCAGUUUUCUCACGGCCCACCACUCAGGCACCUUACCCAGCAUUCCCAGCAGCAGGUCCACCUAACACUUCUUACAUGCCAAGCACACCAGGGUUGCCUUAUGGUCAAGGUCACUCUGCCAAUCCAGGUGGAUUUCAGGGCUACCCUUAUCCUGCAGUAGGCCCUGGAUACCCCACUACCUCAGGCUCCUCUCUCUAUACCCCAGCGUCUUCUGUCACUACAGUGGGACCCACCCGUGACGGUACCAUCGGGGAGGACACAAUCCGUGCAUCUUUGGUGUCUGCAGUCAGUGACAAGCUGCGAAGGCGGAUGAAAGAAGAGAUGGAUCGAGCACAGGCAGAGCUGGACGCACUGAAAAGGACAGAGGAGGACCUAAAGAGAGGCCACCAGAAGCUGGAGGAGAUGGUGACCAAACUAGACCUGGAGAUGGCUGAUGUGGACAAAAACAUUGAUCUCCUUAAGCAGAGAGAUGAGAAACUGACUGUUGCUCUGGAAAAAAUGGAGAACCAGUCUGAGAACAAUGAUAUCGAUGAUGUGAUUGUGCCCGCUGCUCCCCUUUAUAAGCAGAUUCUGAACCUCUACGCUGAAGAAAACGCCAUAGAAGACACAAUCUUCUACUUGGGUGAAGCGUUACGCAAAGGUGUCAUUGACUUGGAUGUCUUUCUUAAGCAUGUGCGCCUUCUCUCCAGAAAACAGUUCCAGUUGAGAGCCCUGAUGCAGAAGGCCCGGAAAAUAGCAGGCCUCAGUGACCUGUACUGACCUGUCCAAAUAAAUCAUUCCCCCUCUCACUUAUAACACAUGCACUGUAUGGCAAGAACCCUACAUUUUAUCCAAGAACAGGAGGUUUGGGACCCUCCUUUUCUCAAAUCACAGUCUUUCUAAGUACAGAAAGAUGUGAAAGGUAACUUAUAUACCCAGGGACAAAAUAUUCAAGUAUACAUUCAUAGCAUCAUUAUUACAGAUAACAAGUGCAUUGAAUAUAUCUUUAUUAUGAAAAAAUGAAGUGACCUUUGAGGUUCUUACCUUUGCAGAGUGGAAAACAAUAGAACAUAAUCAAACAUUUGCAAGAUUUUUUUGCUCAGCUAUGGAGUUUAACAUAGACUUCUAAAAACAGCAACCUUUGCACUUUAUGUAACUUGUGCCUCUUAUUCUUCUAAAGUGUCUUUUCAGAUAUAGGGUAAAGGGAAAGAAGUUUGAGAAUUACAUUCAAUAUGCUCAACCUAAAUAUCUUAUUUUUAUAUUGUUUAAUCUCCAAAUAUGUACCUGUACUAAAUAAUUCUCUUAAAAUCAGCACUUUGUUUUAUUUUUAUUUUAAGUUAGUAAAUCAAUCUUCUUAACAUCUCAGAAUCGAAUUAUUCAUUAUGAAUGCUUCAUCAUUAUCCUUGUCCACUACGUAACACAUUUUGCAGUCCUGCUUGUGAUUUAUACAUGUGUUGUCAGUUAUAUCAUUCUUAUUUACGGUUGUUAUGCAGUCGGUUUACAAGAAUGUGCUUGGUAUUCAUGCAGAUUUAAUGACAAGAAUAUUAUGCCGACAUUUUGAGAUUGAACUUGUCUAUCUAUUUAGGAUGUAAUACAUGAAACCACAAAGUAUGAAGGGAACAUUUUCUUUGCAAAGAUGCUUGGAGUAUUGUUUGAUUGCUGGUUUAAUCGGGUAUGAAGCGUUUUGCUUUCAAUCAAUGGAAAAAAGGAAUAACAAAUUGAUUGUGCAGUAUCUCUCUGAGGUAUAAGUACAUUUAAAAAAAAGAAUAUCUGAAAUAAAAACAAGAAACUCUUAAA